AGAAAGAUGUGAAUUCAGUUGCUGUAUGAGGCUGGCCUCAUGCAAAUGCAUUGCUAGAGAUAUGUUAAAGAGUUCCAGGUGAAUUGAGCUUGAGAGAGACAACAGCAAAACGAUAUGUGUCACAAAGAUGUCUACACGGAACUGCCAGGGAAUGGACUCAGUGAUCAAGCACCUGGACACAAUUCCUGAGGAUAAAAAAGUCCGGGUCCAGAGGACGCAGAGCACUUUUGACCCGUUUGAGAAACCGACUAAUCAAGUAAAGAGGGUGCAUUCUGAGAACAAUGCUUGCAUUAACUUUAAGACCUCCUCCGCUGGCAAAGAGUCGCCUAAAGUUAGGCGGCAUUCUAGCCCUAGCUCGCCAACAAGUCCCAAAUUUGGCAAAGCUGACUCCUACGAAAAACUGGAAAAAUUAGGGGAAGGAUCUUACGCUACUGUUUACAAAGGGAAAAGCAAGGUGAAUGGAAAGUUGGUAGCCUUGAAAGUGAUCAGGCUGCAGGAGGAAGAGGGGACACCUUUCACGGCCAUCAGGGAAGCUUCUCUGUUAAAAGGACUAAAACAUGCUAACAUAGUGCUACUUCAUGACAUCAUCCAUACCAAGGAAACGCUGACUCUUGUUUUUGAGUAUGUGCACACUGAUUUAUGCCAGUACAUGGACAAGCACCCCGGGGGGCUCCAUCCAGAUAAUGUGAAGUUGUUUUUAUUUCAGUUGCUGCGAGGGCUGUCUUACAUCCACCAGCGUUAUAUUUUGCACAGAGACCUGAAACCCCAGAAUCUUCUGAUCAGUGACACGGGGGAGUUAAAGCUGGCAGAUUUCGGUCUUGCCAGAGCAAAGUCCGUCCCCAGCCACACGUAUUCCAACGAAGUGGUUACCUUGUGGUACAGACCUCCUGAUGUUCUCCUGGGCUCUACGGAAUACUCCACCUGCCUUGACAUGUGGGGAGUCGGCUGCAUCUUUGUAGAGAUGAUACAAGGUGUUGCUGCUUUUCCAGGCAUGAAAGACAUUCAGGAUCAACUUGAACGAAUAUUUCUGGUUCUCGGAACACCAAAUGAGGACACGUGGCCCGGGGUACAUUCUUUACCACAUUUUAAGCCAGAACGCUUUACCCUGUACAGCUCUAAAAACCUUAGACAAGCAUGGAAUAAGCUCAGCUAUGUGAAUCAUGCAGAGGAUCUGGCCUCCAAGCUCCUACAGUGUUCCCCAAAGAACAGACUGUCUGCACAGGCUGCCCUGAGCCACGAGUAUUUCAGUGACCUGCCCCCGCGGCUAUGGGAACUGACUGAUAUGUCUUCUAUUUUUACCGUCCCAAAUGUGAGAUUGCAACCGGAAGCUGGUGAGAGCAUGCGGGCCUUUGGGAAAAACAAUAGUUAUGGCAAAAGUCUAUCAAACAGCAAGCACUGACAAGCACAGUAUUCUCAAGAGAGCACAGGAUUAAGUUGUCAUCAUUCUGGGAAGAAAAAAAAAAACAUUAAUGAAGUGGCCAAUAAUUCAGAGAGAAUCAUGGAUCGGUUUCCUUUUGCUCCCUGUGGUGGAUUUCACUUACAAGAAAAUUGAAGCUGGCAAGACCCUGUUUUCUCUGCAAUUUAUUUAAAACCUUGCACGCAUUUGGAUACCUUGUGAUUUCCAAGAACUAUGUGAAGAUUAAGCUUUGCUUACUGAUACAUGGCAUGUAUUCUUUUCAGUCUUUUGUGUUUGAUUUUGUUUGAUUUCCCUCUGCAGUGCAGCGUCUCUGUAAAGGUUUUAAUGCUUUCACCAGCCAUGUCUUAAAUACAUUAAGACAACACAUUUGGUGUUCACACUUCUUCAGUAAUGUCUCUACUUGAAAGCCACACAGCAGCAUAAAACAAUGUGUGUUUUCUUUGAGAGCAGUGCACAUUUUCCAACCACUAGGAAGGAUGUUUUCUGCUUAAGUAAACGGCUAUUCUCUGACCAAUAGCCAGGUCCCAAAGUGUGGGCCCCCACCUUGAAGGACAUUUGCAGAGGUAUUUUUUUUUCUUGGAAAUCAACACAUAUUUAUAUAGGGUAUUGGGAUCUGCUUAGCAUUUUCAAGCCACAUAGCACAACUGUUUUCUGAGCAGGAUGGAAGUGAAGGAACAAGUACCGAGCAGUAAGAACACAGAGAGGGACUAAUUGCUUGUUUUUUCAACCUCUGGAAACAAAGAACUUUUUAUGUGUAGUCUGGAUCUUGUCAUCAUAUUUUUUUUUCUUUCGACUCCAUUACAUUUUGUAUGUUCUAAGUGGAGAAGAGUGAGGAACAGAAUGUUUCAAACUCGGGUGUAAAGGACUGGAUGAGCCCUGAAAGCAGUCUUGGCUGAUGAUUGCUUAGAAAGCAAAUCACAGAAUCACCCAGAGUUAGAAGUUUGCUGAGUGACAGCAAAGCAUCCUGGAAUUACGUCUUUAAACAGUAUUCUGAACUGACUAGAAGGCAGGCUUGGGUACAGACAGUCUCCUGGAAUAACUGUGCAAAUGCAGGUUUUGGAAACAGUGCAGGAAUCUUCCUUUAAAGGUGCAAACAGGGAAAAAGAAAAGCCCACCUUCCCAUUUAAGACACUGAGGGACCUUGGAGGAGGAAGCUGACCUGGGAUGCCCAGUGCUCCAGUGCAGAGGGGAGCUGCCGGGGGCAAGCCGGCUCCCGUGGGGCACCCUGGCUGCCAUAUCCCAGAGAUACUGAGGCUAAGGGGCAGUUAGGAAACUUCAUCUACAUGAGCUUUGCUGGACGUAGCUCCCCGGGACAGAAAUUCUCAUGGUAAUAUCUUUGUGCACAUUGUUUUACCUUUUCCUAUUAGAAGGAGGAGAGAUUACAAACUUGACAUGUGUUGCACUGUUGUAGGGUCAACACUAGGAAUUAUGAUCCAUUUUGACAAAGGCUUUCUGAGAGUGGGGCGAAGGAAAAGCUUCUUUAUAGUGAAACCCAAUACGCCUAUGAAGCGGACCCCGAAUUCCUCAGUGGUACGGGGUUAGUGGAUCAUGGUAAGAUCAUAACCCAUUUUAUCCAGAUUCAGUACUCACAGUAAAUACCAAGCAAGGCAUUCCCUGCUGAUCCAUUUCAACGAUAGCAAAAGACACACAGCUAAGAAUGUUUACUAUUUACUACCUAGAAAUACUUUCCAUUCCUCUUUCAUACAUUCCAGCCCCCUAGAAGUCUUCAGAGAUAUGUUGGUUUAAAGUACACUCACAUUAGGAUUUCCUAGAGUAAACAUGGGGAGAAAACUUUACAUGCAAUCAAAAGCAGCCUUCCUUGUGAUUUGCUUGGGAUUACUCAUUUGGAAGAAAAGCAUAAUUUCUGUAUUUCACUAAGCUUAAAUCAAGAGCUUGAUGAUUAAAUCUUACUAUUUAAUAAAGUUUCUAACUGGAAACUUUGAAAAUACUCAAUGCUGAAAGCCUUCAAUUAGGAAUGUGAGGGUGAUGAGAGAUCAGUAUCCCGUCAUAGACAACUUCUCUUAGGAAAUAAAGCAUAGUACUACCCCAUGAGAGGAAGUCCGUCUUAUUACAGAGACAUGCCUCUCAGGAGGCUGCCUGGUUUUCCUUGCUGUUCAUGCAGCAAGUCCAAAGUUUGGUUUGUAGUUGCAGUGGUCUUCUCCCUCCCCUACUUUUUGCUCCUGCCCUCUCAGAGGGCCAUCAUGAAAAUCAAUACAGACUGUGGUCAUUAGCAGAUUUAUUAUACUUUUGAGAGAGCACUGGAAUGUUCUGGGGAGAUUUAUUUUUAUAUGAAGGAAUAGCUUGAAUUCAGGCAGCCAGUAAGAAUAGUACAAAUAGUCUAGCACAGGGAUUGUAUCCAUACUAUGUCUCUGCAUACAGUAUUGUGAAAGGAGAUUUAGGACUUCUGUUUUCCUAAAGAUACAGUUUGAUUGACUUACAAGUACAAGAUAUACAGGACCUAAGACUAAUGUGUUUGCAGUGUUUAGCAAAAAGUAGAGGGCAUAGGCAGGGGUGGAAGCAGGAGGGGCUGCCCUCUGAGAUGCAAGGGGGUGAAGCUAUUUCUGCCUCCCAGGAACAAUUAGAAAAGUUUCCAGGGACCCUCAGGCUUGCAGAGGAAGCAGGACCUCUUAGUAUCCCUUCCUCAGUGUGUUUAUGACAGCCAGUGUAAUCAGUACCCUAGGUAUGCGUCCAUAUGAUACUCAUCUGUGACUUUCUUAAGAGGUUUGUAAUCUUUUGUUGCAUAAGAGGAUGUUUAGACUGUACAUACUGGGGUAGAUUAUUGCCUCACCCUUAUACAUAGGAAUAUGCUGCAUAAUCACGCAUAUCUUCCAUCUCCUUUACUGGCUUGCAGGCAGAGAAACCUGUAUGUUACUACCUUGCAAUUUUCUUAUACAUCAAAAAUCAAAAUUUUUAAAUCUAAAAUAAGCAAUUUACUGUUAUUCCUCUUCCCGUAGCAGCAUAUUUUAGAAGCACAUACAAAAUUUACAGUUUCUGUUUGGGAGUGGAAAUUUCUUUCUCUCUCUCUCUCUCUCUCUCUCUCUCUCAUGCACUGAAAUGUGCACGUUCUAAUGGGAUUGAUACCUCAGAAAUGUGCUAAUAACAUCAUUCAAAAAACUAUUAAACUUCAAAAUGACACAUGGUAAGGAGAAUGGAAUAAUGUUGCAUAUUUGUUACCGUUUGUUACACGGCUGUAUUAUGAAGGAUGUAGUGGUUUGUCAGCUGUCACUGUUGUUUCCUUGUAACAUGAUAUGGAAUAAAGUAUAGCAGAAUCUCCAUA